GUUGGAGCAGCUUUGCCUGUUGAUGUCUUAACUUAUGAGGAAAAAACUCUGUCUGCAAUAUUAAGAGUUGUAAGCAGUGGCCUUGUGAAGCUGUGGAGUGCUCUAACGUUGCUGGGCUCCUACCAGAAUAGGAGGUGUGCCUUUCGGGUGCUGCAGACCUCUCCAUUCCUCCUUGCGUUAUCUGGCAACAGCAGAGAGCUGGUCCUGGACUGAACACGGUUGUUGGUGUGGUUGUACGAAGCAGAAGUUGCUGGAGAUGUUGCAGCCCUUCAGGUGGGGUAUUUCUGGUGGGGAUUUCAGACAAAGAGCCUUGACAAAGCUCACGGUUCUCAGCUCCCUGCUUGGACCUCCCGUGCUUCAGAGAUUACACAUAAAAGUCGGAGACAAAGCCGAACUUACCAGAGCUUUUACACACAAUGAUGUUGUUACUUUUUCCGAUUUAACAGGUGACACAAAUCCUUUGCAUUUAAAUGAAGAUUUUGCAAAGAAAUCUAGGUUUGGGAGAACUGUUGUACAUGGAGUUUUGAUCAAUGGACUUAUUUCUGCAGUUCUGGGUACUAAAAUGCCCGGUCAAGGCUGUAUAUUUCUUUCUCAGGAGAUCCGAUUUCCAGCUCCUUUGUAUACUGGUGAAGAAGUCGUAGCUGCAGCAGAAGUUAAGCGACUGAAGGGUUCUGUAGCACACAUUUCGGUAUCGUGUAAGGUCAGAGAAAGUGGGAAGACUGUUAUGGAGGGGAUGGUGAAAGUCAUGGUGUCGGACAGAGAGAGCUGCUGAUCCUGUGCUGCUUUACUGUAAAGGCCAGAACUGUA